AUGGACGCCGGAUGGGAAGAACUUGAGCGUAUGGCGAUGGCUGCAUCCGCCGAUGACGCGCAAGUCGCAAACCAAUACCCCUCACCAGACACCAUCGAGCGCUGGAAGCGACUCUUUGGCUACUCUCACAUGGAAGCCGUCCGUCUAAUCGGAGAACAACGAGGAGAUGUCACGCGCGAGCGCAUCACAGACGAUCACUGGGCCCUCAUCAAGGACGAGAAAGAAGCACUUGGGUACGAUCGCGAAGCAUACGAACAUAGUCUGCAGCUUCCCAAGGUCUUUAAGAGUCAGAGCGCCACUAUCCCUACGACUGGAGCUAAUGGCGAGAUGAUGUCGUUGUUCCGCCUGGGUGGCUUGCUCGAGUCGGCAGAGAAGGUCAAGGAAAUCGCCGGUCUUGACAAGAUGCCAGAGGUCAGGGAGGGUUCGAAUGAGAUCGGCAUGGUGAAAUUCUGUGUAGUAGAUAUGGAGGCCCAGAAGAAGUUGGAGGAGUGGUUGGCGCAGCGGGCAGUGCUUCAAGGUUGA